AUGAUCUCUUCCACGAAAGGGAAUAAGACAUUGAACAUUCUGAAAGCCGCAGCGGCCGGAUCGUAUGGUGUACUUGCCGCAAUUGCGUACAAUGUCGAGCAUAUCACCGCCCUAGUACAAGCAGCAGAAGCAAAGCACUCGCCCUUGAUCCUCCUCCUGUUCCCAUCCACUCUUACACAGCUGCCUUCACUUGUAUGGGCGGCAUCCGCUGCUGCCAAUAGUGCCACAGUGCCGAUUUCAGUGCACAUUGACCACGCACAGGACAAAAAGCAAAUUCGACAUGUAAUCGAUUCGCUCCCGGUCGACUCAAUCAUGGUCGACAUGAGCCACCACAACAUAUUCGAAAAUCUAAGCGAGACGAGGAAAUUGGCCGCCCUGUGUCAUGCGAAGGGUAUUGCUGUGGAGGCAGAGAGUGGACGGAUCAAUGGUAGCGAGGACGGAAUUGCAGAUACGGGGGAUUUGGAAGCGUUAUUAACAAGCGCUACAGAUGUUGAAGACUUCCUCGACACAGAGAUCGACAUGCUCGCACCGUCAGUGGGGAAUAUCCACGGAGACUACGGGCCAGAUGGGCCGCAGCUUGACUUUCCAAGGCUCCACAGUAUCGCUACACAGCUCAAUGGUCAGGCCAGCCUGGUGCUGCACGGGACCAACGACUUCUCACCAGAGUUGAUGAGAGACUGCGUCCGUGCUGGGGUUACCAAAAUCAAUGUCAACAAGCUGCUAUUGGAGCCCUGGAAUGAGUACCUGAGAGAGAACUCGAAACAUAGAUCGCUAACGCAACUGAUUGACGAAGGUAUUCAAAUAUUGCGAGCAGAAGCUGAGCGUUGGAUUGAUAUUGUGGGAAGUAGUAAUCAGGCAUGGGUGACGCAGGCGGGUGUACAUACAUAG